AUGGACCAUCUUCCUGUUGAAGUUAUUGGAAACAUACUGUCACGUCUCCAAGGAGCUCGAGAUGUUGUGAUAGCUUCUGCAACAUGUAGGAAAUGGCGUGAAGCUUGUCGAAAGCAUCUUCAGACACUUUCUUUCAAUUCCGCUGAUUGGCCAUUUUAUCGAGACCUCACAACCAAUCGUCUUGAAAUCCUCAUUACUCAGACCAUCUUCCAAACCACGGGACUUCAAGGUCUUUCGAUUACCAUGGAUGAUGCUAACAAGUUCUCAGCUGCUACUGUCAUUGCUUGGCUUAUGUAUACAAGGGACACUCUGCGCCGGUUGUCUUAUAAUGUCCGGACCACUCCAAAUGUCAACAUUCUUGAAAUCUGUGGGAGGCAAAAGUUAGAAGCUUUGGUUUUGGCUCAUAAUUCUAUUACUGGUGUCGAACCAACCUUCCAGAGGUUCCCUUGUUUGAAGUCUCUUUCCCUGAGUUAUGUCAGUAUUUCAGCCUUGGAUCUGAAUCUUUUGCUCAGUGCAUGCCCGAUGAUCCAGACUUUGGAACUUGUGAGUCUUGAGAUCGCAAUGUCAGAUGCUCAAGUGACGAUUGAACUGAGCAGCCCGACGCUGAAGAGUGUUUAUUUCGAUGGGAUUAGCUUGGAUAAAUUCAUCCUGGAGGCUGAUAGUAUCGAGUACUUGCACAUGAAAGACUGUGUACUCGAGCUCUUUGAGCUUAUAGGAAACGGGACCUUGAAGCAUUUCAAGCUCGACGAUGUCAGUGUCAUACAUCUUGAUAUCAUGGAGACUUCUGAAAACCUCGAAGUAGUUGAUGUCAAUCACUUCACGAUGGUCUGGCCAAAGUUCUAUCAGAUGAUCUCAAGGUCGCAGAAGCUGAGAAAACUCCGUCUAUGGGAUGUGGUCUUUGAUGAUGACGAUGAAAUCAUCGAUCUUGAGUCCAUUGCUGCUGGUUUCUCCCAACUGACGCAUCUUUCAUUAAGCUACGACCUAAAAGAUGGAGCUGCUCAUUACAGUUUGCAAGGAGACACUCGACUGGAGAACGUGACUGUAUUGGAGCUCGGAUGGACCGUGAUCAAUGAUGUUUUCUCAAUCUGGAUGGAGGAGUUGCUGAGAAGAUGUCCGAAUCUGAAGAAGCUGAUCAUUUAUGGGGUUGUCUCUGAAACCAAAACACAGGGAGAUUGUCAAAUUCUGGCGACAUUCACAUGGUCUAUUGUUCAACUCAUGAGGAAAUACAUUCAUGUUGAUGUACAAUUCGAGUACGAGUAA